AUGUCUCAAAACAAUGGCCGACGUCUAACAGUAGCCCAAGAUGGAUAUUCUGGGAUACCUCAUCCGUCUUCAGUGCUCAAGAAACGGGCCGCUCCGGACUAUUUUGCGGCCCCUCCUCCCAGUCGCCCUGGACGUGUAUCAAUGGCACCUAUCGCGGGUGGUCCUCGCUCACAACUUGGUCAAUCUCUAAGUCAAUCCUCGACUCAUCCCCAUGCACCUUCUGGUAAUACUCUGCGGAUGUCUAUGCUUCGUCCACCCCCAGCGCCUGUCGCUCAAUCAAGCUCUGGAAUGGCCAGUAGUCGGGGGGUCAACCAUAAUCCUUAUGGCAAAACACCACUUAGGAAUCCGUCAGCAAGUGUUCGAAAGCAAACAGCCAAUUACGGUGCCAGUCGAAUGUCGGUAGCACCCUCCUUCUCGCAAGGAGCUAUGGCAGUAAAGGAUACACGCCCAAUCCGAGAUAAAAGCUUCCAGCUCAUGUGUGCUAAUGAAGUACUAGACUACCUUCAACAACGUCAAUUCAAGUAUCCGAUUACCUUGAAGACGCUAACUUCCCCUACAAAUAAGGAUUUUCAGACCAUAUUCAUAUUCCUUAUUAACGAUGUUAUCGACCCUAAUUUUCAAUGGGGUCGUGCGGGACGCAAAAUGGAGGACGACAUUAUUCUACUUUUAAAAGACCAUCGGUAUCGUUCUGCCGAUACUAUCAGUAAAUCCAGCUUGGCCGCCGUUGGAAGUAUGCACGCUUGGCCAAAUGUACUUGCCAUGCUUCAUUGGCUAGUAAAUCUUAGUUUGCUAAAACUUCGAUUUAUGGAUUCAAUGGCGGAGAACGACCCAUGGUUACCAGCUCCUGUAGAUCCCGAUGGCAAACCUUCCUCAGAGUGCGAACCGGAUGCUGUCAUCGACGAUUACAUUGCAGCAACCUACAAACUAUACCUGAGUGGGGAAGACCAGUUCCCGGAGCAACUCCAGGUUCUUGAGGACUUCUUUGACCGUCGAAGCGAAGCUGCGAACGUACAAGUAGAGAAUGACACAAUAGCUUCGAACCGAGCGACUAGCGAGCUACAAACCCUACUGGCUAAACCGACCGAACUUGCCCAAGCCAAAGCAGCGUUAGAGGAAGCUCAACGAUUGAAAGAGCAAUAUACAACCGGCAUCGAAACUACCCAGCGCAAGGAUGCUAAACUAGUGAAAAACAUUCAAGCGUUAAAAGAAAAUGUUGAAGAAGCUAACCAAAAAAUGCAAAAUCUUGAGAAGGAAGAAGCUGCAUUGCAAGCUGCCAUUGCAGCCCAGCCCAUCACUGCUGAAGAAAUGCAACGUCUGGCAACCGAAACGGAGAAACUCCAACGGAACCUCCGGGAGAUGCAGACGCGACAUCGUGAUCUCGUCCGACAGAACAACUCGAGCGAAGUGGCGCUCUCGCAUCGAGUGCACCAACUCGACAACGCAGUCACCGAGUACAACGAGACGUUAUGGAAACUUGGUCUCCUCCACCAGCGCCGUGCUAAAGGUCCCAACGAUUCGAUGGAGAGCAACGGAGAGGAAGACGCUGAAGGGGAAUACGAGAUUGAACUUAAUUCCGCGGCUAACGUUGUCGGGGAGAUGCUUCGAGGCGGAGGGACGUUGAACGGCGGGCUGAAACAUAGGGUCCAGCCAGCUUUGAGCGCCUUGGCUGACGAUGCAAGAGAGGCUCGAACCGAGCUAGACAGCGAACGCCUGGCCAAAGAAAGCGAAGUUGAUAAAAUUGCGGAAGAAAUAGAGCACAUUGGCGAUGAGACGGAUAUGCUACGCCGGAAGAUCGACAUGAUGCAAGAUAAAGCGGAAGAAGUCAAGAACGCUUCAGCCCUAGUCCUUGGGGAGCUCCGUGAAGAGAUUGAAAGACUGGAACGUGAUUUAGCCAAUGUGGGUGUGGGUGCACAAAGCGCGCUCGUCAACGCCCAAACAAGACUCGGGGCUGCAGAGGCUGAGUUCCAAGAUAUCACUUACAAGUCGGAGCAACUCAAAAAGCAGACAUACGAAGAGAUAAUGAAGCAUACAACACAGCUACUUGAAUUCCGCGAGCAAGUUAUCAACAAACUGGAAGAGUUCCGGGACACUGCAAACGAAUAUUGA